AUGUCAGAGAUUCCUAUUCAUUUUCGACACUGCAUUUUGUAUGAGUUACAAUUAGGGAACAAUGCAAGUGCUGCUGCCCGCAAUAUAUGUGCUGCACUUGGUGAAGGUGCUGUUGCUGAUCGAACGUGUCGAGAUUGGUUUAACAGGUUUCGUGAAGGUGACAUGUCAUUAGAAGAUCGUCCGAGAUCUGGAUGUCCUCUCGAGUCUGAUAUUGAACGAUUAAAAGUCCUGAUCAAAGACAAUCCACGAUUAACCACCCAUGAAUUGUCAGCAAUGCUCGGGUGCGACCAAUCCACUAUUGAUCGCCAUUUGCAUAAAAUGGGAAAAGUUAAUAAACUUGGAACAUGGGUUCCACAUCAAUUAACCUCGGACAACGUACAGCAAAGAAUCACCAUAUGCAAUUCUUUGUUGUCAAAACGCAACCGACAUAGAUUUCUUCAACAGAUAGUUACUGGUGAUGAAAAGUGGGUUCUAUAUGUUAACCAUACACGCAAGCGCCAGUGGGUAAAUCCUGAAGAUUUGCCCGAACCAGAACCAAAAAACGACCUGCACUCGAAAAAGGUGAUGCUCUCAAUUUGAUGGGAUUUUCAAGGUAUUAUUUACUGGGAACUCCUUCCGUCUAACACUACAGUCGACUCGAAGCUGUACUGCAAACAACUCCAAAAUCUGAAGGUUGCAUUGCAAGCAAAUCGUCCUGAAAAACGAAAAGUUCGACUACUUCAUAACAAUGCAAAACCUCAUACGGCUAAGGUCACUCGUGAAAAGCUGGAAGAAUUAGGCUGGGAGGUCCUACCUCAUCCACCAUAUUCACCAGACUUGGCACCACCUGACUAUCAUUUGUUUCGAUCGCUCCGCAAUUAUCUGGUCAAAAAACACUUCGAUGAUCAAGCCCACCUAAAAUCGGACCUCGAAACUUAUUUUUUGUCUUUGUCUGUGAAGUUCUUUGAAGAUGAUAUUCUGGAUUUGCCUAAUAGAUGGGAGUAUGUAAUACAUAACAACGGUGUAUAUGUUGUUGAUUGAUGGCAUUUUGUUUCAAUAAAAUCUCGAAACCAAGAAGAAGAAAAAAAUCGGCGGAGACUUUUGCAUCAACCCGAUAACUAAAUUACAAUUAACACCUUAUUUAAUAACUUCUCAAAAAUAUCCUCGGACAAAAAAAAUCAGAAAAAAACAUCUUUUAAAUCAAAUACAUACUACAGUGACAUCAAAAAUAAUUUAGAAAAAAUCUACUAAGAUAAAGAGUCGUAAGAUUCUAGCAGAAUCACUGUAUUUGCUUGUAACCAAUUCUUGACGCUACGUUCCAGAUCUUUGGUUGGUUCAGUCAGAAUCAUUCAAAGAUUCACUCUUUUUACCUAAGAAAACGACUAAAUCUUGAAGAAAGUGCGUAGCCAGAAAAUUUCAAGAUUCUGACAGAAUUCAACAGAGGAUUGAUCAAGAUCCCUAGCGGUUUCCGACUUUUUUAAACUGUGAGUCGUUUAGGAAACUAGAUGCGACUCUGAGUGUGAAUUUUGGCCCAUCUUAUGUUAACUAACAUUAACAGUCAUUGGUAGAUCCUUUUGUUGGAUUCUUGUUGAUAUUUAUCUCUGAUUUAACGACAAUAGUUGGCUGUGUCCAUUUCAAACCUUUCAGUAAUUUUGAAGAAAGCGAAUAUACCUUCACAGCGCAUUACAACAUGCCAUGAAUAUCUUAGAUGCCAACCAACCUCCAGAUUAAACAACUGUCGAAAGUAGUCGAGCAGAAUUCAUCUUACCUUUUCACUUGUCGACAUUCUUUCAAGCUCUCCUUGCUAGUAAUAAUCUGAACGUUUAGGUCUCAUACAAAUAGUCUUAGAUUUUAAUUCAGUUCAAUGUUUGUUUUUACAUCGAUUACUAAUGAUCCUUUCGCGCACUCAGCAUUUUUCAGAUGUUUUUAGUUACAAAACACAAAACUUUGUAUUUGAAAAAAAUUAAUAGCUGCGCGAAGUAUUAUAGUGGUAACUCAAGCAUUAGUAGGACAAAACUUCAGGCAUUUAAAUCAGUCUCAGUGAAGGAGUAGGUGCUUCGUCAUUACAUGCUUACCAGAUGGGUUUUUUCGAGAUAAUAAUCAUUUGAAUAUAAAGACUAAUCUUUUUCAAGAUCUUUUUGAAAACUUUAUCGAAAAAAUAAAUUAGAAAACCACUCUGAAAACUUUGUGCGCUAGUACAUAUUAUAUGGCUUCUUCUAGUACGAGGAUAUGUAUGCAUUGUGAUGUCAGAAAGUCACAUUAGAUCUCUAACUGUUCUGUUUCUUGCUUUAGUCAAGAACCCCUUAAAAUAUCCUCAGAUACUCCCCGUAACAUUCCUAGGGAUCGUUCAGGAAACAGCAACCUUCUCUGUGGUGAAUAUAGAAGUCGUCUUGAUUUUCUUUUUAAAUAAUACUUAAAGUGGCAGUUGCAUUCUUGUGGUUAACCUAAAUAUAAAAUACAUAACUAAAUGUUACAAGUAGUUAUCAUUCUGCUUGCUCUUAUUAUUUGUCUAAAUAAAAAAGAAGAUUAAUAUUUUUAACACAUGUUCACUUGAAUAUAUUUUUAACAGUUUAAGCAAUUUUCGUGAGUUUUGUAUAAUUUUAUUCCAUAUUUUUUUGAAGCUUGAUUUCAUGUAAAAUUUGUCUCUAAAAAUCUGUGUGUAAACAGUCUUUUUGUAAAAUAUAUGUUCAAUUUUCUUUCACUUAAAGUUUUCAGAAGAGAAUCAAAAGCAGUCAGCUAGAAUGAGAAUUUCAUACUCUUUCUGAAUAUAUAUUACGAAUCAGUUUUGAAUUAAAGUUAAUCCACUAAGAGCGAAUCUUUGAUAGGGACCAACAAGAACGUUUGUGUAAAAGAUAAGUU